AUGGCGAACCCAUACCCUAUUUUCUUGAAAGUGCAUUUGCAUUGUAACAGUGUUUCUACAAGACACCCACAUAGAUAUAUCGGAGGUGAUACGUUCAUGUUUAGUGAUCAUGAUUUCUCUAGAAUGGAUUUACAUGGGUGUUGUGAAUUUCUAGAAAGGUUGGUCGGAGAACCUUUUGAGAAACUUUAUUACUCAACAUGUGAUCAAACUAUGGCAAAUGGUUUUACGGUAAUAGCCAACGAAAUGGAUUAUCAAGUGUUUAUCGAUGUUUCGUAUCAAGCACCUGAAAGGCCAAUAGACCUGUAUUUAGAUCAUAUUGGGGAAGGAUUUGAGGACUGGUUCGAUGAAGAAAGUGAUGAAAGUGGUUCGGUGAUCCAUGGGGAUGACAAAGAACCUUCACAAGGAAUCCCCGAUCUCGAACCAGCCUAUAUAUUUGAUGGUGGUUUGGAAGAUAAAAUCAAUGGGGAAUACUGUACCCCUCUAAACAAGACCAAGGACGAUGAGUUUCUUAACAAGUUAUGCCCAGAAGGUGAAGAGAAAAAAGUUGAAGAAAUGGAUAAUAGUGAGGAAUUGGACAAUGAUGUACUUGAUGAACAUCCUAUCUUUAAUCCUUAG